GCGCAAGCCACCGCUGGGUAGGCGGCAGAAAAUGCGCACAGAGCAAUGCGCAUGCGCAUGCCAGCGCGGACGCAGAGGUUUCGUUUGGAGGGGAGGGGAAGGGGAGGGAGCAGCGGAAGAUUGUGGCUUUCGUUGGCUUGGGGGGGGGGKGGGUUGUUGGGGGACUGUCGUUGUCUUCAUCUGCGACGUGGGAGAUGAAUCCUUCAGUGCAACGAAGAUGGAAGAUGGGCAUUGUGCCGCCAUAGCCAGGAUGUCAAACUCCCGUCCUUCAAUGGUCGCCAACGACAGUCGGGAAUAAGCAGUUGGUCUAAAAAAGGAGCUUCGUUGGAUUACCCUUGGAAGUAUCGUCCUCAGUUUGAUAUGAAGUACGAAAAGGAAUUUUAAAGAGUAAAAAAAAAAAAAAAAAAAAGGGCAAAUAAAGGUAAUAACAACAAAAUAUAGGCAAUGUCGUGAAAAAAAAGAAGAAUGAAACCUUUAAAAUGUACGAAAAGGAUAUGGCGAUGAAAUGCGAUAAGGAGAUGAGCACGUGGCUGGUUCAUUCAGAUGUAAAACGCCGGGGGUGUGCCGCUGAAGACGUACACUUGAUUACUGACUUGGCUGCUGACGUGGCUUCUGACUUGUCUGCUGACGUGGCUUCUGACUUGUCUGCUGACGUGGCUUCUGACUUGUCUGCUGACUUGUCUGCUGACGUGGCUUCUGACUUGGCUUCUGACUUGGCUUCUGACUUGGCUGCUGACUUGGCUGCUGACUUGGCUGCUGACGUGGCUGCUGACGUGGCUGCUGACGUGGCUGCUGACAUGGCUGCUGACGUGGCUGCUGACGUCCCGUUAUACUUGGUUUCUGGUGAGUUAAGAGGGUUAGACGGAGGAGUAGUAGUAGUAGGAGGAGGAGGAGAAGGAGAACAUGUGGGAAGUGGUCAUGGUAAGUUGGUAGAUGCCGCAUUUGCAUGCACGGUGGAGGGGUCCUCCCUCUGUCAAAGCAAUCAGGUGGUGCUCUUCCGAGGCUCCCAAUGGACCACCAUCGAUCUCGACUUGGAAACCCUCCCCCCGCUCCCCCCCCUCGCCCCACUUCCCCCCCGAGCUGGUACGGAGAAAAGUGGAAGUGCCUCCCCGAGGGUGGAAAUGCUACCACUAGGGCAGUUUUCUGAGGGCGUAUGGACCGAGAUCUCCUGCAACUGGAGCCUUCCUGAGCCCUUUUCUAAGCGGAUUAACGCUGCUAUGAAUUGCCCUGCUGUAAAUGGCGAGGAGGCACUUGGUUGGGGUCCCUUGGCUUGCCGGUCGAGUCAUGCCUUCUUCUUCUCUGAUGGUGUCUACCUUCAGUUCGAUCUGGCAGAGGGCAGGGUUGUGAGUGGACCCACUGAGAUUCGCGCUCGCUUCAAGAUGCCAUACCCAUUCGCACUUGGACUGGAUGCUGCUUACCCUUGCCCCGUGCCGCCCUUGCCUUCGAUGACAUGGACGUCCCAAUUGGGACCCCAAAGGUCAUUUCCCAACUGCACUAGCGAAUCCCAAGUUAUCUUCGUCAAAGGCCAUAUGUAUCUUGUCUACGAUCUGACAACCAGCACGGUAGUCGUCCCACCCCAUCGCCCGCCGAAAGGCUUCUUGACCUGGCCCACUGAGGGUCAUUCCGAGAAGAUCGACGCCCUUGUGGCCCUCUCCAGACCCAGCAGGCCCUGGCACUGGGGGACUACCCACCACAACCCCCUCAACAACCGGCCCAGCUAUUCCAAAGCAGCGAUGUUCCUUCGAAAUGGGCAAAUCCUACUGCUCAUGGACUCCCCCCCCCGACCUUCCCAUCCAGAUGAUCGACGAGGUCAGCUCGCGGUGGUCCAGGGAGAGACACGUGUCAGCUUGGUAAAGAAGCUCCUGCUCGUCGAAGGUGUUCAGAGCCAUCAUCAUCAUCAUCAUCGUCAUCGUCAUCAGCGUAAUGAGGACAUUUCGGUGAAGGAUGUGUACUGGUUGGGCAAACAUAAUGGCAUGUUUACAAGACUGGUCUCUGCGGCUUCCGCGUGGUUCUCAGAGAUGCAUAUACGAAAUCAACCCCCUAUAUUUCGUAGACGCCGACUGAAAGCCGUCAUCUCCACCCCCUCCCUCAACGAGGAAUCCCAACAAGGUCAUCAUCAGUCGAGUGCGGGUGGACGGACGCUUGGCCUGAACGAUAUAGGCGCCCUGGCGGGUGCUAUUGUGUCUGUUGUCACCAUAAGUGUUUGUCUCAUCAUGGUCUGCUGCAUUUGCUGGAAGAAACGCCACCAUGAUGACAAAAAAGGCAAGACCUUGAGCCGUGGGUCAUCCUUCCUCAGUCGCGGGCUACUCAACUUCUCGGCUGCUAUCAGCGGCUCGCUCACCCCCGCAGGAGGUGCGUUGACGUUUGGCCUUUGCCAUGAUCUGGAGUUGGAUCCUGAUGCCCUUGCCUCUGCCACUAAUGGGUUCAAUGCGGCGAACAUAAUUAGCCGGGGGUCUAAUGGGAUGGUAUACAAGGGUUGGCUUAGCGGUCGCCCUGUAGCCGUCAAGAAGCUGGACAAGACAACUGGCCAGGUGGGAAAAGGCUUUUACGCAGAGAUGGAGGUCGUCGGACGAGCAAGCCAUCCGAAUCUGGUCGAUUUUGUGGGGUUUGUGGCUGAUGGUACUCAUGAUGUUAUGCUGGUCCUGGGGCACUUGCCGAAUGGGAGUUUGUUUGAUCACUUGCAUGGCCGUGCGUCGAGGUCCGGCCAUCUGUCCUGGGAGAGGAGGAUGGGAAUCGCUCGCGGAAUCGCAGAAGGACUCUGUUAUCUUCACACAGGUUCAGGAAUGCCCCUAGUUCACGAGGAUUUGAAGGCCAGCAAUGUGCUGCUGGACAAAAACUUCUCUGCGAGACUAGCCGAUUUUGGCCUGACUCGCUUGCGCGGCACAGUCGGGGGGGGGGUGGCGAUAGGCUCGGGGGCCCCUGCGGGGUGUGCCAUCAAGGGAAACCAGGGGUACACGGAUCCCUUCUGCUGCUGUGACACGACUGACCAGCCGUCUACCUAUAGCGAUGUGUACGCAUACGGUGUGCUGCUGCUUGAAAUCAUUUCUGGACGGAGACCCCUGGAUCUCGACCUCGUUGGCCCCGAUGGCUGUCGAGGCUUGAUCGCCUGGGCUCGCCCGCUCAUCAUGGACGGCCUUGUCGACGAGAUUGUUGAUAAGCGGUUGAGAUGCAAGUAUGCCCACCAAGAGGUGCAGUACACGAGCCUUGUCGCCCUUGCAUGCAUCGAUCCUGACCCCAAAUUGAGGCCAGACAUGCCACAUGUCGUGGCUGCUUUGCAGGCCUUCAUGGAUGGGCGGCAAUGGGAGCCCGUUCCCCCUUUUCAACCGAGGAAUCAGUAUGUCGUAGGUCCCGCCAGCAGUGGACUGUUUCCCACCUGGCAGUGUGGGGUGUCUACGGGAGGUGAGGAUGCACCUUGGUAUGGCACCUGGGGGGACAGCUACAUGAUAAGCGGGGGCCAGAAUGCUGGAUCAUGGGACCCAAAUGAUGCCAGGGUAGGCUUUGGAACAAACAGUGCUGUCCCCGGAAUGGGAACUGGAUAUGGUACCUUUGACGGAGGAGAGCAGGAUGGAAUCGCCCCCGGGAUCGUCCGGGCCCACGAACCACAGGAUUGCAGUAGUUUGAGGGCGGAUCCUUAUGGUGGUUGUACGACCGCUGCUGUGGGAAGUGGGUACGUCGCAACAAGGGGUUGGGAGGGCACCUUUAGGAGCUCGCCUGGCGGACCGGACCUUGGGUUUUACCCUUGUCAGGAUUCUCGCGAGGAGCCGAGUGCUUCUCUUGGUGCAAUAGAAACUGGCGGCAGCGGCAGCUGUGAUGGAGGUACCUCCCAGGACGCAAUGACACCCAAGAUAGUUCAGAUCCCGCCGGGGUGCCAUGAUUUCAAUGUGAUAGCGGGGCUUGCGAACAACGCUUUAGGGACAGGGUGUGUGACAACAAGGGGUUGGGCUGUCACCCAUCAGGGGUCUCCUCCUGGUGGACCUGGUCUUGGGUUUAUCAUGCCUUGUGAGGGGUUGCUACAUGGGCCAAAUGGUGCUUUGGGGGGGGUUGAAAGGGGGGGGUGCGGUACUAGUGAUAACGGAGACCAGGAUGGAACGACGACGAUGCCCGGGACCCCUCAGCCCCAUGGACCACGGUAUGGUUCAGGGUUUAGGGAGGGUGCUGUAGGGUCUCCUUUAUGGGAAAGUGAGCAUGCCAUGGCAAGGAGUUGGGUGGGCAUCCAUGGGGGCUCCCCGGAUCGACCAGGGCACGGGUGUAUGCGGUGUGAGGGUUCUCCCGACUGCAGGCAUGGUGAGUUAUUGGCAUCUGGGCAAUGUAGAGGUGUGGAGCAUUUGGCAUCUGUAAAUACUGUGCAGGUUUUGGGAAGUGAGCAUGCAAUGGCACGGAGUUGGGUGGGCAUCCAUGGGGGCUCCCCAGAUCGAUCGGGAUGCGGGUAUAUGCUCUGUGAGGGUUCUCCUGACUGCAGGCACCGUGAGCUCUGUCUUGGGCAAUGUAGAGGCGGCGAGCGUUUGGCAUCAUCUGUAAAUACCGUGCAACGGGGUAAUGCCGAUCGGCAUUCCAGUGGGUCGCCUGGCUGUAGCAUGAACCAAGCAGCAAGGUCCAAUCACAGCGGACAAAUGGGAAUCGAUGGCGGUGGACAAACUGAGGGAUGGCUCAGGCGGCACAUGGCAGUUGAUACGAACCGGCUAUUGGGAUCGGGAUCGCCGGGUGUGGGGAGCCCUGUUCAGAGCAACCUGAGCGGAUUGGGAUCUGGGCUGGGCAGACCCUUAGAAGAUGAUAGCGAGUCGAGUGUGUGCUUGCGAGUAAUGCAGGAAGGAGGCAUGGCGUGCGAGGACAACCUGGUGGAGGUAGAUGGAGCAGCAGACCCUUAGAUUAGGGACAGGGUGUGUAGUAGAGUAAUGCUGAACGUUAUGGAUGGAGAUGAACGCGGUACCAGGCAGGAUGGAUAGAGCUGAUGAGGGUAAUGGGGCUCGGGGCAGGGCAUUCAAACGACUGUCAUGAAAUCGGCAGUGGUGGUGGGGAAGCCAGCUGCAAGUGAGCGUGAGGAGACGGCAUUGGGAAACAAACGUGGGGCGUGCUCCCUGUCGGGAUGAAGGAAGUUGCGUCUUGGUAGGGGACACCAAGUGCCUGCUGCUGGGGUGUUAGACAUUUAGACAGAUGCAAAGAGUAGGUCAGCUUAGCGGUAGAUUCCUGGGUGUGAUGAUGGGGCCUCGCUCCACUACUCAACACUCUAGACGUAUCGGGAGCUCACAGUUGUCCAUGGACAAUGCAAAUGUUGGAUUCCUCCAAAUGCACCUGGUCCAGAAAGGUGUCAAAGUGCAUGUAGAGUCUUGUCAGAGUAGCGGAGCGAGGCCCUAUAGGUCUGAAAACCAGAAUAUACACAUCAGAGUCAGUCAAGCACCGAAUGAACCGAAGAUCGGCGAAUGAAAGAUCGGACACUGAAAUGAGGAGUGGUGGAGAUUUAUUAGAGUUUGUAGCGAGUGCUCAGAACUGGGAACAGGAGUUCUUUUCGAGGUUUCCACUGCACUUAGGGGUGAUGUUGAAAUUCACAAAAAGGUAGGUCAACCAUGGGAGAUGAGAUGGCCGGGCUGCAAUCGUAGUUUCAAUGAAGGUUUCAAGAGUCACCGAACCAAUUAGUCCGUGAAGGAACACACGGAUGUACGAACGAACAAAUGAACAAGCGAAUGAAUGCACCAAGUAUAAACCGGCCAAUCGAGUUCAAUCAGCCAAUUAAGGUUUCAAGAGUGAACGGAGGACCGUUAGACAGCAAAGGAAGGAACAUCAUGAAGGAAUGAACGAACGAACGAACAAGCGAAUGAAUGCAUGAAGGAAUGAACCAAGUAUAAACCGGUCAAUCGAGUUCAAUCAGCCAACAAUCAACAUGUCAAUCAACAAAGGCGUCAAUGAACAGGUGGAGGAGGAGCCAAAACAACCCCCCCAGUCAGACGAGACGGGAUGCAGCUGGCCUGAAAGUCAGCAGCGGCGGUGGAGUUGGUGGUGUUAUUAGUAUGGGGCUGACGUUUGAACACACUGAGAAGAGAAUGAAACGAAGUAAGCAGAUCGAUUAACCAAUGGAUGGAUUAAUGAAGGAGGUCGGUCAAGGCAAGGUGCAAACGAAGGAACGGACCAACUAAACUGUUCAAUCGAGCUGUUGACGUCUUGCCGCUAAUGAUGGAUACCAUCAGCAAUCAGGGCAAGCUAUGGCGAUGGUGGCGAUACUCUUUGUCUUCGGAAUGUAGACUGCGGUGGUGUCUACAUUCCGGUGAACGGGCUGUGAUUUUUCUGGUAUAUUUCUCCGUACGCGUGCGGUGGCGGUGGGGGUAGUCUUUAUCAUAGGUAGGGGUAUGGGAGCCAUCUUUUGGCUGGCGAUUGCUGUGGUGGUCCUCUGCCACUUUGGGUGCAUCGUCAAGUCACUCGGUCGGCCAAAAGGUAGGUUGUCCAAUAAGUUGUGUGAGGACCGUUGACGAGGAAUAGGCUGUUGCAGUGCUUGAGCAAAUGGAAUGGAUAGUCGAGCAGAAGAGCUCGUGGCAGGUGGGUGGUGUGACACAUUGGGGACGAAGUCUUAGGUGUGACAAAUUGGUGUGACCUACGUUCAAGAGUUUACCAAGCGGCUGUUGGAUCGCCUGAGUGUUCGAUUACUGCCAGUACGUUGGAUUAUUGUCGCGAGGACCCACCGCUCGCUGUACAUGGAGGCCGCAGUUAACCUUGGGUACUGACAGUGCUUUCGCGUGAGAAAGGGCACAUGGCAGGAAAAAAAAGGGACACCCUUUAGCAGAUUAGGCUCAACUGAGAGGUAACAAAUCGAAGUACCUCAC